GCCAGUCGUUAUGCUGUGGCGCGUUAUUGCAAGGUUGCUCAUCUUCCCGCUGGAUCAGCGUUUGCAAAUCUGCACCUUCGUGUCAAGUCAGCAGGUGACGCGGCCAACAACGAUCUGCUACUACGAUGCAUUCGCAAAUUUGGUGCUUUCAGAUGCAUGCACACCACCAUGCUGCGUCUCACGGUGGAAUCUGCGCUGUUUGCUGUGGUGACACGGCCGAAUCAGCAUUGCAUGUGCCGUGCUCUUCGUACACAUCUCGAUAUCUACCCUGCCAAGGCACACCUCUUGAGCGGCCUGUCAGAAGGAAGCUUGGGGGAGCACUGCCAAACAACCCACAGCAGCCGAACCAAGAACUGCAACUUCCCGGUGUGGGGAUGAGGCGACUUGUAUUUUUAGUCUCCAACGCGCCUCAUCGUCGCCACAACACCACAAAGCUGCAACCGAGACCCCCUUUGGCCACAAUGACGUGUGUCGCAACGGCUGUUAAACAUGUCGUCAAUCUAACAUUUCGUGACGGGCGCGCUAGUUUGUUUACCCCAGACUCCGAUCCGCAGCCCACGUGGAGAUACGAGGUGAUGUGCUGGUGAGUAAGCGCCUUUGCGACAGAGCGUCAUUUGCCACGACCCAUCGUCGAGCCUGGAUACGAGGCGCGCUUGUGCGGGUUUGUGGCUUGAACUUGAAAGUCCACACUGCCGCCAAGAAAUGACGACAAGGACAUAAGCCGUCAUUUCCGGCUCAUGAUGGGGCUGUUCGUAGGAAUCAGAUAAUUGUUGGACAUGAUGUGCAUUUGCUUACAACCACCCUGAACUCGCCACCCAGUCCAGAUGACCA